AAAAAAAAAACAGAGAAAAAACAUUAAAAUAAGAUAAAAAUGCUCCCGGGGGUGCGCACGGCACCCUUGGGUGCCCGCGAGGUGCCGGGCAGCCCGUACAGCGUGCGGGUGCUGCAGGAAGGCUACAGCCUCCCCGAGGACGAGGACGGCUCCUUCCUCGCCGACUGCUCCGUCACCCUCAUCCGGGGGGGCCCCGUCACCGCCCUGGUGGACACGGGGGGGCCGUGGGGUGGCCGGCGCCUCCUGGCCGAGCUGGAAGCCGCCGGGACCCCCCCGGAAUCGAUCACCCACGUGCUGUGCACCCACGGCCACUCGGAUCACGUCGGCAACCUCAACCUCUUCCCCAAGGCCUGGGUGCUGGUGGGCUUCGACCUCAGCCGGCCCGGGGGGGCGGGGGAAAGGGGCGGGGGGGGGCGUUUCGUCCCCUUGGAUUUGGGGCGGGGGGUCCCUUACGCCCCCCACCCGGGUUACGUGGAGGUGCUGCCCACCCCGGGCCACGUGCGGGCCCACGUCAGCGUGGCGGUGCGGGGCACGGCGCUGGGCACCGUGGUGGCGGCGGGGGACUUGUUCGAGAGGGAGGGGGACGGGGGGGAGUGGGGGGCGCUGAGCGAGGACCCCCCCGAGCAGGAGAGGAGCCGCCGGAGGGUGCUGGAGGUGGCCGACGUGGUGGUGCCGGGGCACGGGGCGCCCUUCCGCGUCUUCAGGGAGGGGGGGGGCAUGGGAACGACCCCCCCCUGAUUCCCCCCCUCCCCCCCA